UAUUAAUUUCUUGCUUUUCAGACCAUGUGGGGCCUAUUCUUCUCUCUGCUGAGCUGGGUGGGGCUCAGCCCUGUCCCAUUUGUUGCAGACUUGAUUGGAACAUCAGAACCGGCUCUCAAAUUGCUCCUGUCGAUCUUUAUGGUCUAUCCUCUGGCAAUAGUAUACCAUCAAUAUGUCAAACAACAUAAAGUGUUACGGAAUAUCUACUUCAUUGUGACAGGCUUUGACAUAGCUCUAUACAACUUUGGAAUAUCAAUGUACCAUAACCUUAUCCCAACGCUUGGUAUAUAUUUAACCACAAUGAUUUUUGGGCCAGGAAAGAUAAAUGUUAUUAUAACAUUUGUGUUAAAUGUAACUUAUCUUAUGGCUGGAUAUAUUUUGACAGAAUCUGAAGACUAUGACAUUACAUGGACAAUGCCUCACUGUGUGUUGACUCUGAAGCUUAUAGCGUUGUCAUUUGACAUGUGGGACUACCAAAGGAUGAAAGCAGGAGAGCAACUGUCUGCUACAAAUCAAAAGACAGCAAUUGAGAAUCCACCCACAUUAGUGGAGCUGCUUGGAUUUGUGUACUUUCCCUCCUGUUUCCUAGUGGGCCCUCAGUUUUCAUUCCAACGCUACAUUGACUUUGUCCAUGGGAAGUUCCCAUUGGAGCAGCAUGCUGGCCUAUAUGAAAAGGAAUCACUCAAGAGACUUCUGCAAGGCAUACUUUAUUUGGUAGCAUUCCAACUAGGAGUAAGUGUAUUUAGUAUGCAGUACAUGCAAUCAGACGAGUUCUGGGAGCGGUCCAUCUUCUACCGCCACCUGUAUUGCGGGCUGUGGGCGCACUUUGCUCUCUACAAGUACAUAUCCUGCUGGCUGCUCACUGAAGCGUCAUGCAUCCGGUUCGGGUUGUCGUACAACGGGUGUGCGCCGGCGGCGGGCGGCGCGCUGGCGCCGCGCUGGGACGGCUGCAGCAACAUCAAGCUGCUGCGGUUCGAGUUCGCCACCAAGUUCCAGCACUACAUCGACAGCUUCAACUGCAACACCAACCACUUCGCCGCCGAGUACAUCUACAAGCGACUCAAAUUUCUCGGCAACAGAAACGCCAGCCAAUUUUUCACAUUACUAUUCUUAGCGCUCUGGCACGGAACCGGGUCCGGUUAUUAUAUGACUUUCUUCAACGAAUUCAUUAUCAUAUUCAUGGAGAAAGGUUUAGAAUCUAUUUUGACCAAACACGAGUUUUAUCAUAACAUGUGGUCCAACAAUAUCGUGCAGUACAUUUUGUACGCCGUGCUGAAGCUGUACACCAUCGUGUUUAUGGGUUGGAGUUUGGUUCCUUUUGACCUCAAAUCUUUCUCCAAGUGGUGGAACAUCUACUCGAGUCUGUAUUUUUCAGGAUUUUUCCUCUUUAUACCGUGGGCAUUCGUUUAUAAGCCACUCAUAAUUGCUGGAAUCAAACACUUCAAGUUAAAAGUGAAGUCUCAAUGAAAUAAGGGUACUUAUCUAGGCUCUAAUAAGUGACUCAAAGUAAAGAUUGGAACUACAAGUGAUAUCUAUAAAUACUGGGUACUGUGAGUAGAUCCAAUAGUGAGCGAGUGUUUUCGUAGA